AUGCAAAGACCACCAUCCUCCCAACAACAGCAACAAGGACGAUUUACCACCGAUGCCCCAAUAACUUCUUCCCCUUUAGCCAAAGGUACCUCUUCAACCGCUCUAAACACAAAUUCAACCACGACGACCGUUGCGUCCCAGCAAGUUUAUUUUGCAAGUGUUGAGGAAGAACAGAAUAGAAGACUAGACAUAGAAAUUGAACAAUUGCUGAACUCGUUUAGGGAUGUAGUGAAAUUGGCGGGGUUUCACGAAACUGUGAGGUUGCCCGGGAUGGAAUCUGAUAAAGUAGUUGAAAAAGACAAGUUUAGAACAGCACUUGAUGGCUGUGUUGCAGAACUACGCGCUGCUACUAUUGUAAAAAGCUGUGAAAAUCUAUUCACUCUUACACACGACCUCAAAACUACAUUACUUCUAAACGACACGGACACAUUACUACGAUUCAAUAAACAUCGUGCUGAUGCUUUGAACGCGCGCAAAGACAAGAUUAAACGAAGAAUUGUGGAAUUGAAUAAUGAUUUGUCGUUAGCUAUUUGGGAAAUGGAGAGCGCAUUGGGUGGUGUAGGAGGAGGAGGGAAAAGAGAUCACGAUCAUUUUGAUCACCAUCACAAUAAAAACAAUAAUGGUGGUGAUGACUAUUUGGGAAUUGAUCCCAUGAAUAUAUAA